AUUUUAAUUCGAUUGUUUAUUUGAAGAAUAAUUUCAAAAAUGUUUUUCAAAUAUCGAACAGUAUACUUUUUUCUUAAACUAAAUUUUUACGUAAGAUGUAUUUGAUGAUUCUAGAAAAACUACUUUCAUUCGUGUUUGUUAUGCAACUGGUUAACCAAUAAGAGUAUACUAUCAGUAACCGUAAAGAAACGUCUCAAUUCCAUUUUGAUCAGUUCACGAUUACAUUUAAAAUAAAAUCAAUGGUCGAAAAUAUUUUUAAAAGAUUGAGUCAGAUUCUGACACAAACGAUAUAAAUUUUCAUGUGUGGGUCGAUUGUUGGAAAUAAAAGUUGGUGGGGAUUUGAAGAAACGAAGUAUGUAAAUCGAGCGAGAAAAGCCGAACGUUGCCGAUUCGUCGCUCGAGCGUAUUCGGCAUCUGACCCGAACUACAUUCGUUGCUCUACUUGGAAAGUGUCAACAUCGUGUUCGUCCUAUAGUGUUCUAUGUUUUUCUUUCUAUCGCGUGAUUAAACUCAUACAAUUUAAGUGAUAAUUAUUAACACACUUUUAUACUAUCUAGUCUGAUAACGAAAAUCGUUUAUUGAAACAAUAGAAUAAAUAUGGCCGUAGCGAGCAAUGCUAUGUAUAAUGCAAAAACCGUUGUCCCGUCGUUCUUGUCGUCGAAUAUGUAUUACGGUUAUGUACCACUUUAUAGAAAAGAAAAUCAGCUUAACGUUACUUUUGAAAAUACGGAUAUUACAAAAUCACCGGUACUCGAUCGCUGUUCCUACGACACAGCUAUGGAAACCGAUGACGACGGAUACGAUUAUUCCAUGGCAUCUCGCUACGUGAAUAAUGAUUCCGUGAUUCCAGAAGCAUCUGCUCAAAAUCGGCUAAAAGUUAAUGAGAAGCAACAACAACGUCAACAACAGACAAACCACGGCGUGGAUAUGCUUCGACGCAGGAACCGGAAACGAUGCAACAGUGAUCUCAACCCUACCAGCGAAUUGAAAAAGUUUCGGGCAGGCGGUGGUAACAACAACCAUAUACACUGUGGUACACGAAGUAUAAAGGACUAUGGAUCAACCAUGAUGUUUGAUGACUCAAGGGCAUUACGUGUAAAUACAAUCAACAAUAAUAAUCUGGAGCAAUCCAUGAUUGUAAACAAUCGCUGCUGGGCGGCAGGUAGUCAUAAUCUGUUGAAUAAUUCAGAUUAUAAACAUUUAUUGUCCAACAAUGGACAUAAAUCGGUUGAAAACAAUGUUGAAUAUGAAAAAAUUUUAUUUGAAACACAUGGAUGUUCUGUAUAUCAAUUUCAUCGGUUGCAACUGACUGACAAUGACUGUACUGAGACAGAAUUUUAAGUAAGAUAAUUGACAAUCAUUUUUAAUGUUUAUAUUUUUUGUAUUUGUAUUGCAAAGCAUACAUUCAUUAUGCACAUAUACAUAAGUAUGGCAUUGCACUGUAUUAUAUAGUUAAUAAAUAAAUAACUUACUUUUCUAA